UGUCGGUCCCGGGAGGUGUGAGCGGCGCGCUGGGUGUCUGCCGCGGCCCUUCAGCCCGGCCCGGUGUUCGACUCCACUGCCGCGGGUGGCAGUAAGCGGGGACCGGCUCUGCAGGGGAGCGAGGCGCGGAGCGGUCCGCUGCAGGCCUUGAAUGCCGCCGGGCCCCCGAGGCGUGCCUGGGGGAGACACAGCCGUACACGGGGUCUGCCCCCUGAUCUGUGUGCCUGCUUGUCCACGGCUUGUGGCGGUUUGGAGCUGCCCGGGGUUGUCCUAGGCAGGGCUGAGUGGGACCUGCAGCAGCGCCCUGCACCCCGGCAGUCCCUGGCUUUGGGAGCGGAAAAAUGUGUCCCCAAGACUGCUGACCUCAGACCUUGCAGAUCUCACCUUACCAGGCAAAGCUGUGAUGGCCAGUCACCAAGCAGAAGUUCAGAGUUUGAAGCUUGAUAAUGAUUCAGUUAUAGAAGGAAUAAGUGACCAGGUACUGGUGGCAAUUGUGCUCAGUUUCACUUUCAUUGCUGCUCUGGUGUAUACGCUUUUAAGAAAUGAACAUCAGAACAUACACCCAGAAAAUCAAGAGCUAGUGCGAGCUCUUCGUCAGCAGCUUCAAACAGAGCAGGAUGCUUCUGCCGAUGAUAGACUUCACUUCUAUACAGAUAUGUCCUGUCCAGUCUGUUUGCAGCAGGCUACAUUUCCUAUAGAAACAAACUGUGGACAUCUUUUCUGUGGUUCCUGCAUUAUUGCCUACUGGAGGUAUGGCUCAUGGCUUGGUGCCAUCCGUUGCCCAAUCUGCAGACAAACGGUAACAUUGUUUUUACCGCUGUUCAGUGAAGAUCAGCAGGAUGCAGCCCAAGUAUUUCAAGAUGUUAAUGAUUACAAUCGGAGGUUCUCAGGACAGCCCAGAUCUAUUAUGGAAAGAAUUAUGGAUCUGCCCACCUUAUUGCGGCAUGCUUUCAGGGAGAUGUUUUCCGUUGGGGGCCUCUUCUGGAUGUUUCGCAUCAGAAUAUUCCUCUGCUUGCUUGGAGCCUUGCUUUACCUGGCUUCACCCCUGGAUUUUCUUCCUGAAGCUCUCUUUGGAAUUCUGGGCUUCUUGGAUGAUUUCUUUGUAAUUUUUCUUCUCCUGAUAUAUAUCUCCAUCAUGUACCGGGAAGUGGUAACACAGCGGCUGAAUAGAUGAAAUGGACAAAAAUUACCCCAGAGCAGAGGCAGUUGUGGGAUGUAAUAUCAGUGUGGUUUACCAAGGCACCUGUGUACAGUUUCAGUAGUUACAACUUUAUAGCUGGUCAUCUUAUACAAAUAUGAAGGGUUAGUAUGUGGUGAUGCUUAACUGGACCCUUUAAUUAUGUAUACUACAUACGCUUCAUAAGAUGAGGUUAGUUUUAUGAUAUAAUAAGCUACCUUCCUCUUCUUUCACCUGAUGAACAAUUGUAUGUAAUCAAAACAGAAAGCACCUUUUUUUGGUGUGUGGUUUAUGAAAAAGGAGUUCUAGUAAAGGACUUCUAAUGAAAAGUCCAUUUGGGUAAUCUGGACAUAUAUAAGGAAAUCCAGCAAUUCUUCACAGUACAGUUGUCACAGCUAGAUUUUUUUAAAGUCCCCCUGUUGUGGGCUAGAGUCUUUUAAAAUAACAAUAGCUUUGUGUGUUUCUGUGGAAGAAGAAACCCAAAGACUGCAUUACAAUUACCGCCCUGCAGUUUGCUAUUGCCCACAUGCUUCACAAAAACAAGGAGAACACCUCAGUAUUGCUUGAACUGCACUAUGUACAGUUGCAUGCAAUUUGUGCAAUUUUAUUUUUACAUUUGGGAAUACACACAGUAUUUGAUCUAGAUAGAGUAACCAAUAUUAUGCACUGGUUAGUGCUGUUUUUAAGUGGGAGCAUGAUUUUCUUCUUCAGGCUUCUUUAUGUGGUAGGUACGUAUCUUGAAAGCAGGGGGUUUAUGCUGCUCUGGGUCAGUUCAGUGUAUCUGAAGUGAGUGUUUGCAUUCCUGUAGUUGCAUCUGAGUAUUUAGCCAAUAGAAAGAACUCUCAAAUUUUAAAUAGUGGUUGAAGAAAAGAAGUCAGAACUGUAUGUUUACACUGCAGAACUUUACCUGAAUGUACUUUCUGCAAUACAAGUAUUAAACAACUUAGAUAUUGGGGUGAUUGGUUUUCAGUUGGGGUUUCCUUGUUUGGUUGGUUAGUUGGUUGAUUUGGAUGUGGGUAGAGUGGGUUCUGAGUUACCUUGAAAACGGUCUGUGAUAAGGGACCACAAAAAAAUACUAGAAAUAUUUUUAAAAAUACCAGGUUAUUAAUUAUCCUUAAAGUUGAUCUUUAUUUUCCCUGAUGAAUUUGAAUAUAGGCUAUCAUAGCUACAGAAGUAAUUGGAAGUAUUUCCAUUUUAAGACAUUAAUACCAGUAGAAAAGUCAAAGAUAUCAUAGGUCUAUGUACUUUUUAGUUAGAGGAAUAAUAAUAGCCAUUUGAACUUCCUGAGUACUUGAAAGACAGUGAUUAGACAGGUGAUUCUUUGUGUGUUUACAUACAUGGGAUGAGACUUACAAUGAAAGGGACCUUUUCACGACUUCUGUGUUUGCCCAUGGUGGCUGGUUGUUAGAGAUGGGCAAAAGGGGAAACACUAAGUGAAACAAGGGAGGGAGGAGGAGAACAAAACAGAAAAUGGCAUUUUUUGGAAGCAAAUGCUAUUUGGUUUGGCAAACUAUCUGUUAUUAAGCAUCUUAGUUGAGCUUUUCCUUUUGUGUUGGCAUUGCUACUGUAUGGAUGGUUUAGUGGCCAGCUCAGAAGUUAUUAAAGUAUUAUUGAGUAAGUGUGGAUGUUCAUAAACUGUUAGGUACAUUCACAAAGCAAGAUAAUAGUUUAGGAUGUUAGGUAUGACAGGAUUUUGCAGUUUUGCUGUAAGCAUUGUUUGGGUUUUGGUUUUUAUUCCCCAAGAUACCCAGCUGACAGCAAACUCCAAAAAAGUUUUAAUUGAGUAAAUUUAACACCAUAUUUUCUCCUGGAGUUUAACUUGUAUGUCUGCUUAGGUAAGAGUGUGAACUGCUGUUGAAGAACAACUGGAGUCUGUUCCUAGAGUUUGUUGAUCUAUUACCUCCUCCAUAUGUUUAUCCUAUGAUUGUGUUUAUGGUUUUUUCCAUGACUCUCCAAGUUCAGAGUGGAUAUAGAAGUAUGUGAAGCUGCUUACUGAUUUGCUUUCACUGAGCUUCCCAAUUCCACAAGUCUACUUAAAGUUCAUGCAGAUAAGGAGGAGUUCUUUACUGUGAGGGUGGUGAAGCACUGGAAUGGGUUGCCCAAGGAAGUCUUGAAUGCUCCAUCCCUAGCAGUUCAAGGCUGGGUUGGACAGAGCCUUGGGUGACAUGGUUUAGUGUGAGGUGUCCCUGCCCAUGGCAGGGGGGUUGAAACUAGAUGAUCUUAAGGUCCUUUCCAGCUCUAACUGUUCUGUGAUUCUAUGAUAUAUCCACCUAAGGGAUCUGCUCCUGAAGAACAAACGUUCUUCUGUACCUGAAAGCAUGUACAAGCCGCAUCUGAGUGGCUUCUGCUUUUUUUUUUUUUUUUUAGUGUACCUGUGCUCUGUUCCUUCCUUCGCUACAUUUCUGCUAGCCAGAAAGGUUGCACUCAUGAGCUUCUGCUUACUUUUGAAUAUUGACUAACACUGAAGCUUAAAUUCAACACAUUAAAUGCUUGACAAGAUUAGGACCACCCUUCCUUUUCAGCAGUAUGUGUGCUUGCUUGUGGAGACUCGUUUUUUUUUGGUCCUCCAAGCCACUGAUGAACAGUAUUAUGACUUGCUCAGGGCUUUUGUGAACAGCUGUGACAUGAAGAUGCAUCUGUCCUGCAGCAUCUGGCUGCUGCUGCUUUACAUGGAUCUGAGCUAGCUGUAAGUUAGCUAUCUUGAGUACUUAGCUGGAGCUUAACUUAAGCUCUAGAGCUCCCACGAAGCUGGAGAUUAAUAUAUGAGCAUGUAGUAUUCCUGAAAAGUGUGCUGCCAGGUUGUUCCUCAGUACUGUUAAAGGUUAAGUGCUAGAGCUGAGCACUGUCUUCAGAAUGUGAAGGAAAUAAGUCAUGCUGUGUGGAGAGUGACUGCAAACGUCACUGCAGAUUUGUUACCUGGAAUGGGGCAGCUGUGUCUUCAAGGAGGAGAAAAGAAGAAAAGAAAAUUUUAGCAGCAAAGAAGAGGGGGAAAUACAGUUCUUAAAAUAUUCUUACGGCUUCACCAAAAACUGUGUGAGUUAUUUGAUUUUUCCAGCAAUAUGAGCAAAGGAGAAAAGUUAUACUUAAUAGCUCUUACAGAAUAACUUGUAGCAUUUUUAGGCCUAAUGGUCAUUCUUAUCAUUGUGACAAAUGCUGUGUAGGGCAGUCUCUCUCUGUUUUGUGUCCCACACCACAGAUGUCUGUGAGGAUGAGGCAGAAUGGUGUGAUUUGGGGAUACAAUUUUGCCAUAGGUUUCAUAGAACUAUAGCAGACGUGUGUUAUACUAGAUUUUUUUUUUUAAAAGGAUUUAAACCUACUUGUUACUUUUAAUUAUAAUAAAUUGCUAUUAAAG